AUGGAAAUAUUUCCCUCCAAUACAGUCGCAAAUUUUAAAGUGAAACUUCCUGAAACCGUUUCGUUAACUGGUGAUUGGGAAGUCGCUCUUGUUGAGAUGCAAUACGCACACACAUGGAGUACUAUAAGACAGGGUGUUCAGCAAACGUUUGUACAUACUGUGGGUACUGAACGAAGCACAGGAAUCAUUGACAGUGGCCAUUAUGAAAGCGUUCCGCAUCUCGUCAAAAAUGUUAACAGUCAUAUUUCGAAAGAUGUACAAAGCAAAAUUCAAUUAACGUAUAGUAAGCAUACACGUAAAGUAACCGUCGAUGUUAAAAAACAAGCAAGCAUUUGGUUCACCGGUGAUAUUGCUGCUGUGUUAGGUUUUGACCAGGACAGUUAUAUUACCAAGAAAACAACGUCACCCUACACGGCAGAUAUUGAUGCAGGAUUUUCGUCCAUGUUUGUGUAUUGCAAUCUUGUGAGUGAUCAAAUUGUUGGUGAUAAAAAAGUUCCCUUGCUACGUACCGUUCAAAUUAAGGGCAGAUACGGUGAUAUAAUUACAAGAACGUACCAGAAUCCAUUAUAUAUGCCAGUCGGUACGAAGCGGUUUGAAACGCUGGAAGUGUAUAUAACCGACGAUUCAGGAAGGCGGGUGCCAUUUGAGUACGGGCGGUCGAUUUGUACACUACAUCUUAGACCAAAUCAUUCCAAUAUGAAACAGUGGCAAACUGGAGGCGCUCACACAAUCUGGUAAUGGCUUAGGAGGGAUUUUAAGAAAAUUGUUUCGCAGCGCAGUUCCGUUUUUGAUUCGCGGAGGUAAAGCAGUUGGACAUCAGGCCUUAAAGACAGGUGUUGCGAUCGGAGAAGAUGUCCUUAGUGGAAAAGACGUGAAAACGGCCUCCACGAAUCGUUUACGCGAAGCAGUUGGGAGUAUGCCAGAAAAAGCGAUUAGUCAUGCUCAGUCAAACAUGCAGAGUGGCAGGGGAAUAAAAAGGAAGGCUAAACGUAAAACACCCAAUCAGUCUAAAAAACCUCGCAAGGCAAGCACACCUAAGACCUGUACAUAA